AUGACUAUCCUUAUUGAUCAGCCAUCCCAGUUUGGUAUUGAGGUUGAGGAAAAGAAGAUCCCAAAAAAUGAAACAGAAGUAGGGUUUGGUGGUGGAUUUUUUGUUCCACAUACCAAUGCUUUUGGCCACAGUUUUAGGGACUAUGAUGCUGAAAGUGAAAGACAAGAAGGGGUGGAAAAUUUCUAUAGGAUAAAUCACACUAACCAAACCUAUGAUUUUGUGAAGAAGAUGAGGGAAGAAUAUUCAAGAUUAAACAGGGUGGAAAUGAGCAUUUGGGAAUGUUGUGAGCUUUUGAAUGAGGUGGUGGAUGACAGUGAUCCAGAUCUUGACGAGCCUCAAAUUGAACAUUUGUUGCAGACUGCUGAAGCUAUUAGAAAGGAUUACCCUAAUCAAGAUUGGCUCCACUUGACUGCCCUCAUUCACGAUCUUGGAAAGGUUCUUCUCCUUCCUAGCUUUGGAGGGCUGCCUCAAUGGGCAGUUGUAGGUGACACAUUUCCAGUUGGCUGUGCCUUCAAUGAAUUCAUUGUCCAUCAAAAGUACUUUAAGGAAAACCCGGAUUAUUACAACCCUGCUUACAAUACAAAAUACGGAGUUUACUCAAAGGGCUGUGGCCUAAAUAAUGUUAUGAUGUCUUGGGGACAUGAUGAUUACAUGUAUUUGGUUGCAAAAGAGAACAAAACCACUCUACCAUCCGCUGGUCUCUUCAUAAUCAGAUAUCACUCUUUCUAUGCUCUCCACAGGGCAGGAUCUUACAAGCACCUUAUGAAUGAAGAGGAUAAGGAGAAUCUCAAGUGGCUGCACAUUUUCAACAAGUAUGAUCUAUACAGUAAAAGCAAAGAAAGAAUUGACAUCGAGAAAGUCAAACCCUAUUAUCUCUCAUUAAUUGACAAGUAUUUCCCUGCAAAGCUGAGGUGGUGAAUAGUUGAUGAAAACUAUCCAAGAGAUUGAAUCAAUGGUCACAAGCGACUUGAGGAGUACCAAACUUUAUUGCCCUGUGUAGCUAUUUUGAAGAACCUUUUGGUUGGGUUGUUCAAUAAUAAUAGUUUUUUUUUUUUUUUUUGAAAACAUAAUAAUAGUUAUGUAUUAUGUAAUGCUUUGGCCAUGUAGUUAUAUGUCACUUUCGAAUAAAAUUAAAGUUCAUUGAA